CGGAAACCCGUGUCCUUUAAAGCUCGAGGGCGAUUGAUGGAGGAGGACAUUUAGUCCGUGCACCGUUGUAAUUGAUAGCUUAAUCUCGGACUCUCUCGUCUGCUCCGCAAUGGCAUCCGACGAGCUGGCUCGGAAGCUGCAGUCCCGACUCUCCGCUGCGCUGGACGGGGACGGCCCGGUGCCCAGAACCGAGCCGAGCCCGGUCCGGACCAAAGCGCCGGAGCACGACGACGCAGCAACCGGCGGAGGAGGCGGCGAAGGCGGUGGCGAUGCUCCGUGCGAGCUGUUCGCCAAGCUGAACCGCAGGCUGGACAUCAACGACGGGACUGCUGCCCCUCAGGCGGUCCGCAUCUUCAACCCCUACACGGAAUUCAAGGAGUUCUCCCGCCAGCAGAUUAAGGACAUGGAGGCGAUGUUCAAGCGGUAUGACACAGGGAAAGAUGGCUUCAUUGACCUGAUGGAGCUUAAACUAAUGAUGGAGAAGCUGGGAGCUCCACAGACUCACCUCGGGCUCAAGAGCAUGAUCAUAGAGGUUGAUGAAGACUUUGAUGGAAAACUGAGCUUCAGAGAGUUCCUCCUGAUCUUCCGUCGGGCAGCGGCUGGAGAGUUACAGGAAGAAAGCGGCCUGAUGGCUCUCGCCAGAUUGUCAGAGAUCAACGUCUCCACUGAGGGAGUGAUGGGGGCCAAGGACUUUUUUGAAGCCAAGGCCCAGGCUUUGUCUCGCGGGAGCAAGUUCGAGGCUGAGAUUCGAGAGGAAAAAGAGGCGCGCUUGAGAGAAGAGGAGGACAAAAAGCAGCGACAAGCUGCUUUCAAGCAGCUGCAGUCGACUUUCUGCUCCUGACCUUAUCAGUUAACAAUUCUUAAAACCUCUUAAGGGUUUAAAAUACUACUUAUCCCUAACAUCCCCAGAGUACUCCCAUAGUAAGUGGUAGCAAAAUAGACUUAUGCAAAAAUGGAUAUGCUUGGGGAAAGAUACACUACACAUCACAUACCACAUAUUCAGUCAUUCUGGAUAUUUAAGAGAUUAUUUAAAGACAAUGUGUAUGCAAAAAACAAUCCGACAAAUCUCCCAAAUGCUUCUCAACCGUUUUGUCAUGGGAUUAUUUAGUUAGUGUCGUUAGUUUUCUGACUUCACAUUGUUCACAUUGUUCACGAAGCAGCUUUAAAAUCCAACUUUGGUCUUGUUUUUUCCGUACAAAGUUGUUUCCUUUUUAACUUUAAAACACUUAUUGUGGGCUACGUAAAAUAGUCAAAUAUAGCAUAAAUACCACAAAGAAGGAUAAAGGUAAUAAUGAUCGUAAAAUAGUAAACACUAAGAUUACAGAUUUUUUGCCUCCACAAACUUCAGCUAUGACAGUAAGUCUUGGUGUAGUUUACUGACCAAACACAGCAUACUUUCCUUGGCCUUUAACAAAUUUCAAAUAUUCACAUUUGCACCACCAAAUGUUGAGGGCGGCUUGUUAUUGAACUAGAUAUAACUAACUAUAAAAACUAAAUGUAAAUUGAAGUGUUUUUUUUUUGUUUCGGUAUAUUGUACGUAUGCUUAUUUGUUUACUGAUAUGGUUCUUACAUCUGUUUCCGAAGAAAUCUCAACAGAUUUGAAAAUGUGACAAAUGUUUACUUGUUAAAAUAAUCAAAUGUUUAAAAAAACAGAUGUUUUUUUUUACUUUUGCUGCUGCUAUUUUGUGUUAUCGGGUCCAGCGGCUUGUCGUUUUAGCACGUUGAUCUUGAAUUGAAUUAAUGGUAAUAUCCUUCCAGAGAAGGACUAAACAGUUUCCUCAGAGAUUAAAAUGGUCUAAUAUCCAACCAGUAGGUGGCAAUGAAGCCUACAUUAAAAACAUCACAACACAGGAGAAAAAUUUACAGCAUGGCAGUAGUUUUGGGUGGAAUUCUCUAAUUUAUUUAGAUAAUUAAAGAUAUAAGUCACCAUUAUAGAUAUGCGGGAACUUAGUUAUGUAAUGAUAUAGUGCUAUUGACUUUCCACUUUCAUUCUAAGACUGGAAAGUGGAAUUUUGAGGUAGACUUGUUAACUCCAUGAAGAAAACACACAACUUUGCAUGAGCAUAAAGUCUCUUUGGUGAAGGCGGACUGACAACUGCACAAAAGAGAGAAAAUCAAUUAUUUUUUCUUUCAGUGUUCCGUUUAGGACAGCAUGGCAGAAUUUUCCAAACUCAGACUUCAGUCUGUAUUAAAUUUGACUGUAUUCACAGAAAAUGUCAACGGAAACAGGCUGGUCAAUUUAUGGAGUUAAAGGCCUACAAGUCACUCAAAAGAAAGAAAUAAUAUAAAAAACAAAUGGUAUUUUCACAGAGUAAUGAAACCACUAUUUGUUUUCAACAAGAAUAAAUCUAUAUUUUUAAAAAAUAUGACACAAAUUAAAUUCCAUUGCUGUUUUCACUUGACAAAGAAAUCAUCCAAUAGAAUGCCAAUGAAAAUAUAUCGAUUUAUCCAGCACUGACAUAUAAACUUAAGGAUAUGGAUGUUUAUUUCUUUGACUGAUAUAGGUAAUUUAUUUUCACAAAUUAGAAUUUGGUGCAAAAAGAAUCUCUGUCAGCAUUGUAAUAUGUAUGUAUAUUCCCUGUAUCUGCAAUGUCUAAUAUGAAUAUGCUGUAACAAAUCUUUAUUUUUAGACAGGCUGGUAAGUUUUAUCUCUCAUGUGGUAAAUAUGGAAAUAUAUAGAAUUUAACAACAUUUCACAGAUUUAAUGAACUAAAGUAAAAGAUGAAAUUGCUUAUUACAAAAUAAUAUGUUGUGAUCUAUUUUUUUGUUGUUGUAGUGUACUGUAAUUACGAUGAGUCUGAAAAAAUAAAAAGCUCCUUUAAUGUUAACUGCA